AGGAAGAGGAGGAAGAAUAGAAGAUGAGAAAAGGUAAGAAUCCAAGCGCGGGCGUUCGAGGAAGGGCAAGGAUAGUAGGGGGGGACCCCUCUGAAAGCGGGGUAUGGGCCACGUGCUCGGUUGCUUUACAAUCGUAUAUAGGCACCGCUCGACCGACUGGCCAGUACCAUACACUGACAGUCACACCGGGGGCGCACGAGGUGAUAGGAAGAGUGAAAGAGUUGCGCGCCCGUGCAAUAGAGAGGAGGGAGACGGACAGACGGAGAGAGGACGAAGGAUAAGAAGAAGAAGAAGAAGAAGAAGAAGAAGAAGAAGAAGAAGAAGAAGAAGGAAGAAAGGAAACGUAGGAGGAUACAUAUAUACACAAUAGAUAGAGACGAGGCGAUCACGGGAGACGACGGAUCUACGUACACACGACCAAGGCAGACAGACAGAAGUCCACUUCCAUUCCCUUAGACAGGUUCACUCCUACUACAAGGAGAGACGAAGAGCCUGCCUCCGUUCGCUCGCUCGCUCGCUCGUUCGCUCGCCUGCCUGCCUGCCUGCCUGCCUGCCUGCGUGCCCGCUAUCCUGUCAGACUCUUCGCCUGACUGGCUUCUCCUUCUCCGCGCCUCGGACGAAGGCGACGAACAUCUCAGUCACUUUCUGACAAUCGCUUGCGAGACCAGGCUACCCUUCCGGACAUCCCGCUGCGAAAGCGACGAGUAGCGAAGCUACCGGUGGUAACGUCGACGUGACAGAGGGGGUGCAAAGCACGCCGCACAGUCGGAGAGGGGGUUGCACGAGAGAACGAAGAAGAGGACUGCCGUUAUUAACAUCUCUCGAUUAUUUGCAUUUUCCGACUGCUCCUUCCUGUUCUCACUCACGAGUCCUCCCGCCACUUUUUCCGGAUGCACACCCCCGCCACCUGCCGCCCGCAGGGAUCCUUGAACCCCCGUUCUCUCUUUCUCUCUCUCUCUCUCUCUCUCUCUCUUUCUCUCUGUCUCCUUUUCGACGUGUAUAAAAAGCAGUGCGACGCGUGUGCCGGGAUCAGUGCCGACAGAUUGUGAUUCUGUGCGGGGGGACAGUUUGUCGAUCCUGCAUUCAGUGUUGUGCGAUGGCGACUAUGGCGUCUGAGAGCGGCUUACGCUCGGAAAUGAAGGCCAUACUGAGCCGGGACGCCAGGACUACGUCGCACAGACUCGUUGACCGUUUCACGAACCUCCACGCGACCACGGCGUCGGCGACGACGUCGAGGUGGUGGUGGUGGUGGUCGAAGCUCCGGGGUGACGCGAGUCCCCGAGCGGACUCGCGGUGUCCCUCCGCGGCGUCCGGUGACCACCGAAGAACACACACCAUGAGCAGCGGCAGCAGCAGCAGCAGAUGCACGAGCGGUCGGGUCAGGUGGUUAAGAUUAUUUAUUUGGACGUUCUGCUUUAUCGGAGCGGUGCACAGCGCCCCGAGAAUGGCCAGCGACGACCGAAUGAACAGCACUCCAAAGUGGGUGAACCCGUGCGGCCUGUCCGGCGACUACUACGUUGACUCUACCAUGGACGUGGUUCAAAUAGGAGACGCGCAGCUCUUGUCGCAAAUAGAGACGCAGGCGAAAACGGCGCUGACACACGCGCGCAUUUUGCGCGACGACUAUCUGCAGCAGAUUCUCCUAAGCGGCAACACAGCCUUCAAAUCGUCCUGGGAUGACAUACGCUACGAAUGGCUACCUGGACCAAAGGAGAUACCCAAGAUGCUAGGGGAGAAGCUGGACGAGGCGUAUCUCGAGACGUUGACCAUUGACAGCACUCUGCAAAACACUUACGAGUACCUGCAAAAAUUCGCAGUGGGUAUCGAACAGAUAGUCUGGGAGCAACGCGACACGGGGGGCCCCUUCAGCAAGCACUUCGAGGACGUGGAGGACCAACUUCGAUCGAUUCUCUGUGAAGUGCAAGUCGGCUUAGUAGAGCGUGGGACACCAUUACCGAAAGAUGUCUCGCGAUCUAUUAUGCCGGACGAGCAACGCUCCCUCACCUCGCAGACCGAGCGGAACCUGCGAGCGUUCAUCAUCUACCGGGAUUACGUGAACUUUCUGGAAUACAUACAGCAAGUCUUUAUGUAUUUGAGAAACAAAGCGUACACCUGAGGAUUCCAAGGCGAAAGUAGAAGAAGGGUUACCAGGCGACGACUCACCCAUUUCAGGACAGCGGCGCAACCGCAACUUCCCCAUGUCCUGCUGACUUGAGAUGGUUGAAGGAGGAGGGUGGCGAAAACGAAAGAGGUGUCCUUCCGAUUGUGUCUUUUCUCUCGCCGGGAGGACGAUUUUCUCACAAGCCAUGUGCGUGCAAGGGGACCGAGCCAAUUGCCGGGGACCGGUAUCGACGACGAUCGAUCGAUCGAUCGAUCGAUCGAUCGAUCGGAUCGUCGCGGCGUAACCGCCCCUUGUCGCGUUCGCCAGCACGUGUCAUGAGCCAGCGGCACGAUCACUCUCCGAGACUGGAGUUACACGGCAGCCAUUGUCGCGAGUCUCAUCUCAUCCACCGUCCUCCUUCGACCCGCUCUCCGCUAGAACGUCAACUGAUUAAGGGUAAACUGAUUCGCGUCGUUAUUAACCCAUUCGCUUUCGCCUACAAACUUGCGUUUAUUUAUAUACGUACAUUGUCACACAAGUAGCAUAUCUCUAGCAUGGCUUCGGCGCGACGACGCGCCAUAACCGUGAAACUGCGUGAGCAUGCCUAACGACUCUCGAUAUCGCGGAAGCGAAAACGAAAGCAACAGGUUCAGCCGCUCCCGCACGAGAACGGCUCCUACGGCGCGACGACGACGACUAUGCGGGACAUCGCGUUGCUUACGUCCCAGGAACGCGACGGCACCUCGCGUUGUCGCCUCGACGCCGCCGGACUUUCGGCAAUCCCGCCGCGGCGGGAUCGUGCUUGACACGCGGUGCCUCAAACACGAUGUGCUUUCUCCACCAGUGGCCCGAGGCUCUUAACGAUAUCUCUUUAAACGAGUAAGUCGGUUGCAACGAGCACCGUAUGCAAGGGAUCCCCACGUGAGACUGGAGCGCUCGCCGAGCAUCAGCGACAAUCCGACUGACAAUCUCUCACGAUGUCACCUUCGUGACAUGUUGCUUACGCGCCAAUCCGAUCGAAAUCCACGGUGGAUGUUUGCGGCCGGGUUGCGUUCGGUCUCUUCGCCUUCCGCGAGUCGUUGGAAAUCUCAAGUCGUAGAAAUCGCAUCCGGUGCGAUCACCUCCGGACGGUGUCUCGCGGUUUGUUUGGUCACUUGGUCACCUGUAAUAUCUGACACGUACACACACACACACACACACACAUAUAUACACACAUUACGCUACAUUUUUUUGUGUGCCAAGUGCGUGCAGUAAAUAUAAAGUAAGGAAAAAAGUAAUUGUGAGUUGAAGUGGACGAUGAUAGUUAGUUGGAGGAGAAACGAAGUCAAUCGUAGCGUCGGUUGGGUUCCUAAUCAAACGCAGUAUUCACACCGUAAUCCGGGCCACUCGCGAUCCACAAGUUGAGAAAAUCGCGCGCACACGAUGUCGUGAUAUGCAGACGCACGAGAAUGUCGUGAACGACGUAUGCCCUAAGAGGUAUUUCUGCGCGAGCAAUUCACACACACACACACACACACACAUACACACAUCUCCCCCCUCCCGCUCCAACCUACCUUCCCAUAUUCCCACGUAAUAAUUUAUUGACUCUCCGUAAUGUUAGUAUAUAUUUCUAUUUAUUCAGAUUAUUUAUUUUAUUUUUAUAAAGGUUUUACACACGUCCGAUUAAUUGUAUUUUAAAGUUUCUAGUUGAGCUUAAAAGUGCCUAGCGUACAAAAGGACAUAUCUCUCACUUUCUCUCAUUCUCUCACUCCCCCCUUCCCCCUCUCUCUCUCUCUCUCUCUCUCUCUCUCUCUCUUUCUCACGUAGUUGAAACUAUUAUAUUAUUAUUAUAAUAUCAAUAUCGGGGUGAAGUGCAAAGUCCAUCGUACGCUACGUCCGCGCAGAAUAUGAGAAGAGAAAAACAGACAGGGAGAGGGAGACUCGAUAUACUAACUGGAAACUUUACGAGGCUCAUAAAUUUCGCAAUUCCGAUCGCUACUACUUUGCACGCAAUGAUAUGCCGCUGAUAUUGCGUCUUACUCGACGCUGAUUUAUUUUGAACAAAUAUUCUUCUACACGAUCCUUUUUCUUUUAGAGAUAUCGACUUUUUUUCAUUUUCGAUUUAACGAUACGCAAGACUGUUAAAGGCUGUCGGCUAAAGGACCACGUCGCGAGAUAUUCCCUCUGUUGACUUUAAUCUAAGUUUAGUCAUAAUUCUAUCCGCGACGUUGCUUCACACGAUUUGCCGGGCAUAUUUUUAUACGCACGUGAAAUGCAUAUUUUUAUACUUUGUCGUCGUAGGGAUGACGAAUGAAAGAAUAUAUACGUAUUUCGCGACGACACAUCCCCUUGGAGCCGACAGUCCCCGAAAGUGAUAAAACGGAAGAGUAUUGUUGGUACUUAUUUUAUGUCACUCUGGAAAAGGUCACUGUGCGAUCAUGUGCAAAUAAAAGUGCAUUCUGAUGUUGCAUCGUCAUUAAUUCUUUCCUCAGUAGCGGCCCGCAAGCUUAUCAUAAAUCAUACGUACAAUUGCCCACAUGUAGGUGUGCGGUUAUCAUUUUAACGCGAGAAACCGUUAUUUAUACGCACACGCGCAAUGCGUUAAGUGUAUUCUCUUUUCUCUUUGUUAUCGUAUCAUCGCGUCUGUGAUAUGCAUCGUAGAGUAUCUUCAACCGAUUAAUUGUUUUAUCGUCGAACCGAUAGAUUGUUUGUUUCCAUUUCGAGACGAAAAGGAGACAGAGGAAAGGGCAAUAAAAAUAGGAAGAAAGAAUGACGUCUCUCACAUGUCUUCAAUCGAUCUCUGUGUCCCUUUUUAUUAAAAAAAAGAAAAAAAAAACAAAAAAAAAGAAAGAAACUUGUACAGUUAUGCAAUUAUGGAACGCACAGGUGAAAUUUCAAGGUACGAAAAUUCACGGUCUCGGUGAUACUCGAUGAGAAAAUUAAUCGUGGAAAUUGAUUAAUUACGCUCUUAAUAAAUCGAUUAGUAUUAUUUAUUAAUUAACGCUGUUAGUUAUAGUAUUUAUUAAUUUACAGACACACGCGAUUAAUUUACUACUGGCGAACUAAUAGUAUGUAUAAAAAAAAAGAACACAGUUUUAUCGUACAAUCGUACAAUACAUAGUACAAUCAGCAGGACGAAGACGAAUGUCGCUGCAGGAUCUUGUCAAGACAAGAUCCAAGAAGAAGGCGGGGCAAAAUUUUCUCGAGAGUAUGAGUGCGUUCCAUAAGCACUGCGAAAUCAAUGAAACAUCAGCCAUUAUACUUGUGUAUACAUACACACUGUACAUAGAGAGAUCAAUCCGAUAAUGUAGUAUAAUAUAGUGAUAAGCUACAGAGACUAUAAAAUUACAUGUGGAUAUGUAAUAUGCAUACGGGCUUUUCUCUUCGGAAUGUCCGCUCUGUUGUAUCAUAUUAAACCAAAGACCACUCAACACCGA